AUGGGGAACCAGGACGCGAAGCCGAAGAGGAGUGCGGGCGAUGCCCCGCAUGGAGGCGGCGGCGGCGGCAGCGAGGACGCCACCGGGCCCCGCGAGGCCGAGGGCACAAAGAAGGCGGGCGGGGGCAAGAAGGCGCCGGGCCGGCACGGCAAGGGGGGCGGCGGUGGGGAGCCGGGCAGGAAGAAGAGCCGGUCGGAUCCCAGGGCCUCGGUCUUUUCCAACCUGCGCAUCCGGAAGACCCUGUCCAAGGGCAGAGGUGCCGGCGGCUCCCGUGAGGAUGUGCUGGACCCCCAAGCUCUGCAGGCCGGCGAGCUGGACAGCGCCCACUCCCUGGUCACCAAAACCCCGGACCUCAGCCUCUCGGCCGACGAGACGGGCCUGUCCGAUACGGAGUGUGCCGACCCUUCCGAGGUGACGCGGCCCCGGGGUCUUGGCUCCGCCGGGGUCGGGGGCCCGGCGGUGGCCGAGGAUUCAGAGACUGCGGCGGGGGUGCAGGAUGGACAAAGGACCAGCUCGGGCUCAGACACAGACCUCUACAGCUUUCAUUCGGCCGCGGAGCAGGAGGACUUGCUCUCGGACAUCCAGCAGGCUAUCCGUCUCCAGCAGAUGCAGCAGCAGCAGCAGUCCCAGAGCCCCGAGUCGCCCCCGGCCUCACUCCCCUCCGCCGCCCCCCCUCCCGGGGCCCUGCCGGGCCUGGACCGACCCCCGCCGGGCCCAGGCGCCGAGGCGGCGCCGUCCGCGCGCCCCGACCGGCCCCCGGCUGCAGAUCAGCCCGCGGCUGCCGCCUUGCCGUCUCCCGGGUCGGCUCCCGGGGAGCGAGGGGCCGCGGACACGGACGAGGAAGGCGAGGAGGACGCUUUCGAGGACGCGCCCCGAGGCUCUCCGGGGGCGGAGUGCGGCCCGGCGGCGGGAGAGGCCCCGCGCAGGCCGGGGGUGACGCGCGAGGAGGGCGCGCCGAGGCCCAGCGUCCCCGCGGCCGCCUCCCCGCCCCGGAGCCCGGCGCGCAGCCCGCGCUGCUCCCGGGCCCGCCCGCUCCUGGCGCCCUGCUACGUCAGGACCACCACCCGGCAGCUCAGCUCGCCCGGGCCCUCCCCCGCCCCGUCCCCCAGCCACAGCCCCCGGGUCCAGAGACGGCCGGAGUCCUCCCUGGACCGGGGGUCCGGAGCCGCCCCGGCCCCCCCCGCCGCCGCCCCGGCCAGGAAGCCCCGCGCGGGCCGCAGCCGCUCGGCCGACUGGACCGCGGAGCUGGCCCGCGCGCCCGGGGCGGGGGUCUCGGCGCACCUGGCGCAGCGCGGGGCGGGCGUUCCCACAGGCCCUGGUGUGGCCCCGGCACUUACUGGUAAGGACUCAGGUAGACCAUCAGCAAAUCUGGGAGUUCAAAAUGUCUAUUUAGGGCGAACGCUGCUGGAGAAGCUGUUCAGCCAGCAGGAGAGCGGGCCUCCAGAAGAAGCAGAGAAGUUCUGCUCGCGGAUCAUUGCCAUGGGACUGCUCCUUCCUUUCAGUGACUGCUUCAGGGAGCCGUGUGGUCAGGAUGCCCAGUCCAGCUCAGCUCCGUUUGACCAAGAUCAACUUUACACCUGGGCUGCAGUUAGUCAACCCACACACUCACUGGAUUAUACAGAAGGGCAGUUUCCCAGGAGAGUCUCAGCUGCUUGGCCACCAUCUAAACCUCCUGAAGAACACAGGCCCAAGGAUGCUGACACAGAGUCUCAAUCUGCUGUUUUAGAAACUCCGAAAAAAUGUUCAGAUGCUGCUCAGCAGGUUGUCAAGUUACUCAGCAACAAAAGGUCACAAGCAGUUGGAAUAUUGAUGUCUAGCCUUCACUUAGAUAUGAAAGAUAUACAACAUGCUGUGGUGAACUUGGACAAUUCUGUGGUUGACCUGGAGACCCUUCAAGCUCUCUAUGAGAAUAGAGCACAGUCAGAUGAACUGGAAAAAAUUGAAAAACACGGCCGGUCCUCCAAAGACAAGGAAACCACCAAGUCUCUGGACAAACCUGAGCAGUUCCUUUACGAACUGUCACUAAUCCCCAACUUUUCAGAGCGAGUCUUUUGCAUCCUGUUUCAGUCCACAUUUUCAGAAAGCAUUUGCUCAAUUCGGCGCAAACUGGAGCUGCUACAGAAGUUGUGUGAGACAUUAAAAAAUGGCUCAGGGGUCAUGCAGGUUUUGGGUUUGGUUCUUGCCUUCGGCAACUACAUGAAUGGUGGAAAUAAGACUCGGGGACAGGCUGACGGUUUCGGGUUAGACAUCCUCCCAAAGCUGAAAGACGUCAAAAGCAGUGACAACAGCAGAAGCCUUUUGUCAUAUAUCGUAUCCUAUUAUCUUCGCAAUUUUGAUGAGGAUGCUGGGAAGGAACAGUGUGUGUUUCCGCUGCCCGAACCCCAGGACCUCUUUCAGGCCUCGCAGAUGAAGUUUGAAGACUUUCAAAAAGACCUCAGAAAACUCAAGAAAGACCUGAGAGCUAAAAUUGACCAAGAAGCGGAGGAGAACUCACUGACAGAGACUCAUAAAUGCUUUUUGGAGACUACAGCCUAUUUCUUCAUGAGACCAAAAAUUGGAGAGAAGGAAGUGUCCCCAAAUGUCUUCUUCAGUAUCUGGCAUGAAUUCAGCUCCGACUUUAAAGACUUUUGGAAGAAAGAAAACAAACUUAUUCUACAAGAGAGGUAG